AUGGACUCUACCGCUUCCCCACUCGCCUUCCCGAUUGAGAUAUCAAGAAAAAAUUUGAUGGAGAAAAGAAGACACGAGGGAAUCAAUAAAGCAGUCAAGGAUAUUAAGGAUGAGUUGAUUCAGCAGGGAUACGCAACGGAGAAAGAUCUGAAGUCUCAGAAUGAUGUGCUCUUUUGUGCAGCCCGAGUUGUCGCUGAAGUCGACUUGAAGCAGAAAUACCCAACUGAUGUCCCUAUGAAAAACUUAAUAGAAGCCGUUGGGCGACGAAAAGCGAGAGCGGGGAAAAUGCAGUUCAGAAGGAUGCAGAAGGCCGAUGCUCUCAAGAAUUUGAAGGAUUUUAUCAUGAGGAAUGAGUUGGGAACCGUAGCGCAAAGGUGA